GCGACGGCCUCAUCGUUACAGGUCGCCUAGAAUGAACCUGAACAAGGCCGCUCGAGUCAUCCUCUUUGGUGCCCCUGGUGUUGGCAAAGGAACACAGAGCGAGCGCUUGCUCUCGCGCUUCCCUCAACUCAACCAAAUCAGUACUGGUGAUCUACUUCGUCGAAAUGUCAAGGAUAGGACACCACUCGGCAUCAAGGUCGAGAACACCAUGAAGUCUGGCGGCCUCGUGGCUGACGAUUUAAUCCUACGACUUAUUUCCAACGAAUUUUAUACUCGUGGCUGGCUUGCUAAGAAUGGCCCUCCUAACGUUAUGACCCUUUCGUCCGAGGCAACAGCACUCGAGCAUUCUUUCAACAGCAACGCCGGUGUCGAAUCUUUUAUCAACGCACCUUUCCUCGACGGGCACAGACCAUCUGACAGCUCCAACGACCCCUCAGCUUCUUUUAUCCUCGACGGUUUCCCUCGAACAGCAUCCCAGGCCGGCCCUCUUGACAAACUUAUCCCCAUUAACUUGGUGGUCUCACUCAAGACACCCGUGUCCGUCAUCCUGGAGCGCAUUCUCGGACGUUGGGUCCAUGAACCUUCCGGUCGUGUCUACAACACCAGCUUCAAUGCGCCCAAGAUCCACGGGAUGGAUGACAUCACCGGCGAGCCCUUGAUUCAGCGCCCUGAUGACUCUGAGGAAGUUUACCGCGCCCGAUACAAGAAGUUCCAAGAGACCAGCGAGCCUGUCCUGAACCACUAUGCUCAAAAGGGCGUACUGGUUGAGAUUGAGGGCAUGAGCAGCGACGAGAUUAGCCCAAAGCUAUUUGCCGAGUUUGAGAGGCGCUUCGUCUAAAGAAAAGGAAAUACCCUAAGGCUUCAACACUUUAUGUUUUACUAUAUAUGAUUUUUUACUUCCUUCGUUUUUGUUCAGCUUUAUUUGUUUGCUUUAGGAGUUUAUCGCGGCGAGGAUGCUGCUGAUGGAGUUGCAAAAGACAGGACUGGCGAGGCAAAUGCCGACCUUGUCAGAUGGCGCCAAAUGAUGGGAGGAGUUGUUAUGGACCUGGUGACGAUUGUGUAUGGGAAUGUUUGCUUGAGCGCAUGGAAAAGCUCAUGGG